AUUAAUUAGACAUGCGCGACGAGCCGACGAAAGGUUGAUCAGAACCCGAAGACAGCUAAGGGUUUAUCGAAGGCGAAGGGUUUUUUUUUUACAGGAAAGGCGAAAGGGUUGAUGCCGGAGAGCAGCUCCGAAUUACUAACAAUACUCCCAUUCCAACUACUCCACAGCUCCAAUGGUUUCCUUGGCGACUUGGUGCCGCUACUUAGUCAACAAAUUCGAAUACUCCCUCUCCAUCAGCCGUAAGCACUAUGGGAAAGGUCAAAUUGCUGACACAGAAAUUGCUGAUACAAUUUGGAAGAACCUGUUCCAAGGAAGGCUAACAUAUUUACACUGGAAUAAAGGGGCAGAGAUGGCUCCAACAGUAGGAGACCAAGGGGGGACACUUCUUGUCCGGAAAUUGCCAGCUGCAGAUCCAACGCGAGUUUUUGUUGGAGAUGUCGUGGUCUUGAAGGAUCCUGGCAAGGAUGACAACUAUCUUGUGAGACGAUUAGCUGCAGUUGAAGGGUAUGAAAUGGUGUCUAAUGAUGAAAAAGAUGAGCCCUUUGUUCUUGACAGAGAAGAGUGUUGGGUGUUGGCUGACAAUGAGAAAUUGAAAGCCAAGGAGGCAAAUGACAGUAGGAAGUUUGGUCCUGUUCCAAUGUCAAACAUUGUUGGCCGUGCUAUAUACUGUCUGCGAACCGCUGUGGAUCAUGGCCCCGUGCAGAACAGUGAGGUCAGCAUGGAAAAGGAUAUGUCCGUGUUGGAAGUGGAGCUGGAUGUUGAAGAGAUGGCAAAAAAUCACAAAGCAUAGACAUAUAUUGUGGCCCCAAAGCUGCUGACAUUUUCUGCUGCAGGGUUAAUGAGGCAAGAGGAGAGCAAUUGAAGGGACAGCAAAUGGUGACUGUUGAAUUGAACUUUCGGCUAGGAACAUUGACUUUGCAUUGGCAAAAGAGUCUCUAUGUAACUGGGAAACGCAGAGAUAUUUGUGGAAGAAUGUUGGGUGUUGCUAGUGCCUGUGUUCUUGGAUUCCCGUUGGAACUCUUACUUGAUCGGGAAAUCAUUUCAACAUUCUGGCAAGAUUUCGCCCGUAUUUGUUCAAUAAGUAUCCGUGGGUGCACUUCUCGUCCACUUAAUUAGUUAUAUUUGUAGUGUUUCAACGUAAAUUGAGUCUAAUAUCAAUAAUCAUGAUGUUAAAAAAAACAUGAGUUAGGUGUAAUGUCCUUUUGCGGACGGAUU